CGAUAUCGUCGGCGUCAGCGACUUGCCCGUGCACGCGAAGCCGGAAAGAAGAACAUUCAGACCCGAAAGGCGCAUCCGCACCAGGCCGAUCGUAAUGUACGACAAGCAACGGAAGCUUCACCCGAGCUUCACCAUCACAUCUCUCCGUCCAUAAACGUCCCCAUAUCUAUCAUUCCAUGGGUGCAACAGAAACCCUCUGACCCAGCCAAGAGAGAGUUCCUUCCGAAAUUGAAAGACCACCUUCUCACCCGCUGCUAUGGCCACGACUUCGUUGAUGCAGAGGUAGCCUUCUCGCAAGAGGAGCGAAACAGUCUGCAAAUCCUUGGGGGGAAGAUGUAUGCGGCAAAGGUUUUCCGUGUCAACUACACAACAUACGAUUUACGCCGCGCCUACGAUUCCGUCAAUCCACGAACACAAGCUAACGUUAUGGUCUAUUCGCCCGAGACGGGCCCCAAUACUCCUCCGUACUGGUACGCUCGAGUUCUAGGCGUCUUCCAUGCUAACAUUCGGCACGUUGGAUCAAAUUCCCGUAACCGCGAAGUCCAGCGUAUCGAAUUCCUGUGGGUACGUUGGUAUGGAGCCGAGCAUGGCUAUCGGUAUGGAUCAAAGCUCGCACGACUCCCUAAAAUCGGCUUCGUGGAAGAUACGGACGACUACGCGUUCGGCUUUCUUGACCCUGCCCUGGUCAUACGAGGAUGUCAUCUCAUUCCGGCGUUCGCUGGUGGACGCACAUCAAACCUACUGCAUACCAUAGAGCCUACCGCUGCUCGUCCUCUUGGUGAUGUAGAUGACUGGGUGAAUUUCUAUGUGAAUAUCUGGGUAGACCGCGAUAUGUUCAUGCGCUAUCUGGGUGGUGGUGUUGGGCAUAGCACAAAUGCCACUCGCAAUACAUCAGCCGGUGAUGCAGAAGACACCGCAGAAGACGAGAUCGCGGGAGAUACGCAGUCAGACGAAGCUUCGGAUAUCGAGGAACACGAUGGUGGCGGUGGCGUGGAUGACAUCGAGGGCAGAGCGGAUGACGAUGAGAAUGAAGAUGAGGACGAUGAACAAGAUGAGGAGGAUGAUAUGGAGGAUGACGAACAGGCCGAGGAGGAGGAUGAAGGUGAUGAAGAGGUCUUGAGCGCGUCGGACGACGAUGAUUUGGGAGGGUCGGAUGCGAGUGAAGAGGAUAACGAUGGAUACGCUUCGCUAUCCUGA